AUGGCGACUCACAAUUUCUCAAUCUGUUCAGUUUUCGUUAACGCUCGUCAUAAACACACUCAACGUUUCUGCAACACCGUCUCCAAAACGGUGUCGUCGGCUCAGGCUGUCACCAUCAGCCGCCGCUCGGCCAACUAUCGUCCGCCUCUAUGGGAUCAUCAAUAUCUCCUCUCUCUCGAGAAUAUAUAUGCGAAAGAAGUUGAAGUUGUGGAGAAAGCUAAGUUGUUGAAUGAUGAGGUGAGGAGGAGACUAUAUGAGACCGAAGGUUCUCUUGAGCAGCUAGAAAUGAUCGAUUCUCUGCAAAGACUCGGAAUCUCGUAUCAUUACAAGCACGAAAUCCAUAUUAUUUUGAACAAAGUUCACGAUCAGCACGGCGAAAUUGGGAGGAAAUCACAAGAUCUUUAUGCGACCGCACUUGAAUUUUUUCUCCUACGGCAACAUGGUUUUGAUGUCUCACAAGAUGAUUUCGACGUUUACAAAGAUAAUAUGGGAGUAUUCAGAGAAACUUUAUACAACGAUGUCAAGGGUUUACUCUACCUAUAUGAAGCUUCAUAUUUUUCGAUGGCUUCAGAGUUUAAACUCAGGGAGGCUAGAACUUUUGCAAGUGAGCGAUUAAGCGAGUUUGUCGCGGAAAAUAGCAAAACUAUAUGCGGAAGAGAUGAUGUUUACAUGCUAGAAAUGGUGAAACGAGCACUAGAUAUGCCUUACCAUUGGCGCAUACGAAGAUUAGAAGCAAGAUGGUACAUAGAUAUGUACCGAAACAAGCUUGACAUGAACCCUCUCUUGCUAGAGUUCGCAACACUUGAUUUCAACAUGUUACAAGCUAAUCAUCAAGAGGAGCUUCAAUUAAUUUCUAGUUGGUGGAAUAGCUCGGGACUUGUGAAACAACUUGAUUUCGUGAGAGACCGAGUAACAGAGAGCUAUUUUUGGAGCAUCGGAAUAUAUUACGAGCCAGAGUUUAAAUACUACCGCAAGAUACUCACCAAAUUGUUCAUGUUAAUUGCGAUCAUGGAUGAUAUCUACGAUAUCUAUGGUACAUUAGAGGAGCUUGAGAUUUUCACAAAUGUGGUCGAAAAAUGGGAUGUGAACCAUGUCGAAAGACUUCCGGAAUACAUGAAAAUAUGUUUUCUUUUUCUAUACAAUGAGAUCAACCAAAUCGGAUACGAAGUUAUCAGGGACAAAGGACUUAACGUCAUUCCUUACCUCAAACAAGUUUGGACGGAUCUAUUUAAAACGUUCCUAACCGAAGCGAAGUGGUACAAUACUGGACACAAACCAAGUUUCGAAGAAUAUAUGCAAAAUGGUUUGAUCUCGAGUUCUGUCCCAACGAUUUUGCUCCAUCUUGGAUCCGUCUUCUCAGACCACAUCUCUGACCAAACCCUAACCGAUGUUUCCAAGAACCACCACCCCGUCAUCCGGAGCUCCGCCACUAUUCUCCGUCUCGCCAAUGAUCUCGCCACCUCAACGGAAGAAAUGGCAAGAGGAGAUUCACCAAAGUCGGUCCAAUGUUACAUGUACGAGACAAGGACGAGUGAGGAGGAGGCCCGUGGACACAUGAAGAAUAUGAUCAGCGACUCGUGGGACAUCAUAAAUUCCGAUUUCAAAACGGCACACACUUCUUCUCUUCCUUGUGGUCUAGUGGCAGCCGCAGCAAAUCUGAACCGCGUGGUACAUUGUAUCUACCGGCACGGUGAUGGCCACGGCUGCCCCGAAAAAGCCAAAACCGUUGUUCAUAUUCACUCCGUACUCUUGGAUCCCAUUUCGUUAUAG